AUGGGGAAACGGAAGUGCUGCUUUCACUACAUGGGGAAACAGAAGUGCUGCUUUCACUACAUGGGGAAACAGAAGUGCUGCUUUCACUACAUGGGGAAACAGAAGUGCUGCUUUCACUACAUGGGGAAACAGAAGUGCUGCUGUAUCUACAUGGGGAAACAGAAGUGCUGCUGUAGCUACAUGGGGAAACAGAAGUGCUGCUGUAGCUACAUGGGGAAACAGAAGUGCUGCUGUAUCUACAUGGGGAAACAGAAGUGCUGCUGUAGUGCUGCUACAUGGGGAAUGGGGAAACAGAAGUGCUGCUGUAUCUACAUGGGGAAACAGAAGAGCUGCUGUAUCUACAUGGGGAAACAGAAGUGCUGCUGUAGCUACAUGGGGAAACAGAAGUGCUGCUGUAUCUACAUGGGGAAACAGAAGUGCUGCUGUAUCUACAUGGGGAAACAGAAGUGCUGCUGUAUCUACAUGGGGAAACAGAAGUGCUGCUGUAUCUACAUGGGGAAACAGAAGAGCUGCUGUAGCUACAUGGGGAAACAGAAAACAGAAGUGCUGCUGUAUCUACAUGGGGAAACAGAAGUGCUGCUGUAG